AGUGGGAAAUAUCGCGAGAGGACGUUAAAGGACUUCCUUGUCCUAUCCAGGCGGGGCGGGAAGACGGAAAGGUGGUGGUGAGGCUGGGCCUUUCUGGGGACGAUGCCGUCCGCAUUCUCCGUCAGCAGGUUCCCCGUCAGCAUCCCCGCCGUGCUCACGCAGACGGACUGGACGGAGCCCUGGCUCGUGGGGCUGGCUGGCUUCCACGUGCUCUGCCUGCUGCUCACCUGCUUCUCAUCCCAGAGGUACAGGCUGCAGGUGGGGCACUUCCUGUGCCUGGUGACCUUGGUCUACUGUGCCGAGUACAUCAAUGAAGUGGCGGCAAUGAACUGGAGAUUGUUCUCCAAACACCAGUAUUUCGACUCGAGGGGCAUGUUCAUCUCCCUUGUGUUCUCUGCGCCGCUGCUGCUCAACGCCCUGGUCAUUGUGGUCCUGUGGGUGCGCAAGACCCUGGCAGUGAUGACUGACCUGCGGAGCUUACGGGAGCAGCGGAGGGCGCGGGCGCGGGCGCAGCCCAAGGAGGAGUGACUGCCCCACUCUGACUCCGAGCAGCCUGCUGCCCACACAGGCGUCUUCUCAGCCCCCGGAACACACACACGCAGACGCUGUGAGGACAGAUGCAGCCCACUGCGCCCUGGGCGCACACCGGGCCUGAGGGGCACUGGUCUCUCCAGGUAAACUGGACAAACAGCACUGCAGGGCCCUCCCGAGGCCCCGUGCGCACAGCCCCGUGCCGGUGUGAGCCAUCAGACGCCCCGUCUGCCUGGAGACAGGGUCUGAGCGAGGGGCAGUGCCACCCACGCCUGGGCAGACCCGCCACCCUGCUCACCCUGGUCUGUCUGCUCGGUGGCAGCCUCUCCGGGUGUGGCCACUGGACAGAACACGAGGGGCCACCUGCCUUCCGUCCAGUUGGAGACGUCGGGGUCCAUGGAGGUGGUGGUUAGAUGAGCCCCUGGUGUUGCUUUCAGGAAGGACAGUUACAAGUAAACAGUUUCUGUGGCAAAUACAGACGCUGACUGUCUCUGUGCUCCCCUCUUGGUGCCCUUCGGUGCCCUGGGCGGGGGCAGCAGGGCCACUGGAGCGGGCGCGCUGCUCCCCCGUGAACAGACUUCUGUGCGGGACGUCGUGGGUCCCGUCCCGUCUGGAGCUGCAGCUGCAGGCUGACCACUGAGCAGGGGCCCCCUGUCCAAGCGCAGCCCUCAGUAGGGACGAUGCUUGUGGCUCCUGGUUUGGGUUGGAGAAGGUCGUUUGUGCAUGGUCACCAUAAUUUUAACAAGUUAACUGAAACAUGGCUGGAUGGCCUCACCAAUGCGAUGGGCAUGAGUUUGAGCACGCUCCGGGAGUUGGUGAUGGACAGGGAGGCCUGGUGUGCUGCAAUCCAUGGGGUUGCAGAGUCGAACACGACUGAGCGACUGAACUGAAAUACACUUUUCAAAUUUCAACAAAUAGUAUUUGUUCAUAUGGAAGUAUUUAUAUUUAGAAGUUCAAAAGGUGACACUUUGACAGAUUAUGAAAUUACAUUUUGAAUCCAGAUAAAUAAAGUUUUUAUAGAUAGUUACAGACUCCGGGAGUUGGUGAUGGACAGGGAGGCCUGGCGUGCUGCAAUUCAUGGGGUCGCAAAGAGUCGGACACGACUGAGCGACUGAACUGAACGGAACAAACUCUCAGUAGAGAAACUAUUUACUGAAUUUUGACAUUAGUUUUAGAAGUGAAUAGAACUUCCUGGAGUAGAAAAUAGCAACCCACUCCAGUAUUCUUGCCUUGAAAACUCCACAGACAGAGAAGCCUGCUGGGCUGCAGUCCUUGGGCUUACAAAGGGUCGGACAUGACUAAGCGACUGAGUCCGUGUGCACAGAACUUCCUCAAUACAUCUUUGGAGCUUCUAACCUGACAUUUUUUCCAGUUUCUCCUUGAUCUCUUAAACUUCUGUAUGGAACAUUUUAAAAAUUGACUUAAAAAAUGUCACGUCACUUGAAGUCAGAUUUUAAACUUGUUGCAGCUGGCAGCAAGCCUCAUUGUGUAUUUCUGAGAAUUACCAGUUGAGGGUGCUUAAUGGUGUCCUGGCUUCAGAGGAGUCCGCCGCGUCCAGAGUAAUCCUCUGCGUGCAGGACCGAGCCGCCGGUUCCUGUGAGCCCAGGCGAUGGCUGGUCCCCUGCAGAACCUGCAGUCAGGCCGGGGCCCCCGGGACAGGACACACAGAUGGGAGCAUCCUGGCUUCAGCCCCACAGAAGCCAGGGAGGUUGUGGGGGCAUUUUCAGCCUCUGAUUAUUCAGUUUGUCUUAAUAUGGGACUGACUGAAUUGCAGUUUCCCUGUGAUAAUAGUGUAGUAUGGUUAACUUUGGUGUUAAUGACUCAUCAACCUAAAGGCGUGGCAUGGCCUUUUCAUUCACUGGUGUGUGCAGUCUGUUUUAAAAUAGUUAUGUUUUGUUUUUGCAAACACAAAUUUUUGCUUUUUAACUGUUUCUAGUGAGUUCAUAUUCAGAGGCUUAAACUGCAGUGUUAACACUGUCCUGCUUGGGGAAGUCCUACAAGCCAGAAUUGUGCCAGACCCUUCAGCACUUUGUCUGAAGUGUGCGUCUGUGGCCCCCUAUAGAGGGUUUGGGGUGCAUGAGCUCGCUGUGCUGGGGGUCUCUCGGUCGGUGAAGGAAGGCACAUCCCCAGUCAUGGCUUCCUACGGCCCCGUGUCACCCCAAAGCUUGAGCAAAAGGGUGUGUACUUGGAGCCACAGAAGGGUUCCUGGUUAUGUGAAAUAAAGAAGCAAAACUGUUAAGAUAA